AUGCGGGCCACAAUGGCCGACCUCUCUCGCCUUCGUCAGGAAGAACUUCCUCUGAGCAAUGAAACGAGAAGAGAUCGAGGCCCAACUUAUGCCCCAAGCCGAAACAAUGGAACUGGCCACUUUUCGGUUUCUGUGAAAACUGAACUCAAAAGCCUAUGGGGUGCCAAGAUCAACGAUGCAGAGUCCCAAAGUAUGGAGGGCCUUCAGCUCGAAGAUGCACGACCUUGGGCAAAAGGCCAGAGAAGAGAGAAUCUUCCGAACAUCAUAGUUCACAAAAAUGCUCCAGCUAUCCCUGCUUCCGGUAGAGCGCCCGCUACACGUCAGUCUCGGGGAACUCACGUUCAGUUCAAACCCACGACACCCGCGAGAUGGGGCCCUGGACCUACGGAGACAGCCUCUCGAACCAAUCGUGAAGAGCCUUCGCCUCCGCCUACUCACAUCACGGAAGAGCAGGAUGAGGAUGCCCAGGAACCUAUUGCAUUUGAGUUGUACAAAAGCCAGUGCCACCUCAUUCCCGGGAAGGCUGAGGCACUCAGUAUUGUCACACACAUUGCUGUCAAGAUCAUCGCAGAGAGCGAUGGCAUUCUAGAGAUUCGAAAUGACACUAAGGGCCUCCGAAUCCACAAUGCUCUCGAACUCGAGCAGCCAGUCCUCGACGGACUCUUGUGUACCAUCAAAGUGAAGACUAGGCCCUUCUCUGAGAAGCUUCGCUUUGCUACAGUUAGCGAUGCGCAGGAUUUCAAGAUGAAUCUGAUCAAGCUUCAGAAUGCUCUGCUAGAUCAUCAGAAGCAAAACACCGACAAGUCUCAGAUUAAGGAAAGCAAGGCGGAGGACGACGACGACCUCUUGAUGGCCGCCAGCCCCAUUGCGGAAACGGCGUCCGAUACUUCAAUCCCCGUCGUCAACGGUUCUUCUCAACAGGUGCCCAGCGCGGACCAAGAGCCCCUUAUCAUGAUGGAUGACACUUGGGGAGCGCCAGCUAACAGCAACAUUCACAGCCUGGGGCAUGAAACCGUACAGCUUAGUCAGUUGUUAAACCAGGUUCUGGAGCAGGUCGCUGCCCUGGGGAACCACUCUAGUCAGAGUAUCGAUGGGAUUGAGUAUGAAAUCCUUGACCAGGCUCUUAGCCACGGUCCGCUGCAUGAGCGUGGCGAGCAAGUGCGAGAGGGUCUCUUAGACAUCAUUCGUACCUGCCUCAACAUGGCGGGCAAGCCGGUCCUCGGAGAUACCAAAGCAGUUGAGAUUCCUGUCAAUUUCAAUGCUACAGGUCCUGGUGGUGCAACUGACCAACAGGAGAAGAAUCCGAAGCAGGUGGAGGAUUCAACCAACCGCUCUGUGCUCGGAAUGCCUAAGGGCUUGGGUUCUUCACGUUUUGCCAAAAAGCCGGCGACAUUCCAAGGCAGAUUCACUGGCCCGAUCAAGUACUGA